GAACCUGAACCUCAUCUUUGUUUUGUUACAACCUCGUAGUCGUCAUAGUCACCUGUGAUUUGUACGUUAUAAAUAAGAUGAUAUUGAAGGUGUGGAACUGGUACCAGAAUUGCCUUUCUCUUCAUCCAGUGAAGACCCAAGUCAUUAGUUCUGCCAUUCUCUGGGGUGUUGGAGACCUCACUGCUCAGUACAUUACUCACUCUGCUACAAAAAAACGACUUCAACUAUCUGUAACUGAUUCAGAUGCUAAAUUUAAGAUCAACUGGAACCGCUUGGCUGUUACAAGCUUUUUUGGAUUUGGUUUUGUUGGACCAGUGGGCCACUUCUGGUAUGAAGGCUUGGACAAAUUUAUAAGGCUUAAACUUCAACUAAUGCCGAAGUCUGCGCGAUCCGUAUCCACUAAAGUGGCAAUGGAUGGCAUAAUUUUUGGUCCCUUCCAUUUGUUUGUGUUCUUUACUUACAUGGGAUUGUGUGCUGGCAAGACGCUUCCUCAGGUAAAGGAAGACUUGAAGAGGAAUUAUGUCCCAGCCUUGAUUUUAGAAGGUGGAGUGUGGCCAGUUGUGCAGGUUUUUAAUUUUUGGUAUGUUCCUGUGAAGUACCAACUUCUUUAUGUAAACUUGUUCUGCUUGCUGGAUAGUGCUUUUCUGUCAUGGUUAGAGCAACAGAAGGAUGCACCUUGGAAACAAUGGUUUGCAUCAUUUCAUUCUACGAAUGAAAAAGGAGGUCAAUGCUGAUGAGGAGAUUGAUGGAAUACGAAAUGUUGAUUGAUUAAAGCUUUUGAAUGUUUUGUAAGAUGUAAUAGAUAGAUUCCGAGGUAGACAUUUUGCUUUGUUUAUUUUCCCCCAGCCCCCUAAAAUUUCCCGCACCCUUAAUGAUACUAGAAAAAUGGUUACCAAAAAAGGUUUUAAGGCCAUUGUUGAAUAGACUGUAGUUAUGUAAGAGAAAUAAUGUAGAAAAUCAUUUAGUCAUCAUACAUUUCGAAAUAAUUCAUUU